AACAAACCCCUCCCUCUAAAUUAUUGGGGGGAAGACAAUAGACAAUAGAAAAUAGAGAGAGAAGAGAGGUACCCCAUUCUUUCUUUGUUUCUCCCCAAACAAAACCAUGAGAAAUGGCAACAACAAAGACAAGUGAGUGAGGAAAGGCCAAGUAAGCUAAUUGACCCAUCAAACAAACAAAACCCAUGUAGAGAGAGCAGUGUCACACUGUGUUUGUUUGUUUGUUUGUUGUGUAUAUAGCAAUUGCUAUUGCAAACUCUUCCUCCCCCAACACCAACAGCACACACACCUCAAUUAUUUCUUCUUCUUCUUCCUCCCAUAUUGUUCCUCCUGUGUCAGAAGGGUUUUCUUCUUCUUGGGUUGUUGUUGCUGAAGAUGCCGAGGCCAGGGCCAAGGCCUUACGAGUGUGUCAGAAGGGCUUGGCACAGCGAGCGCCACCAACCCAUUAGAGGAACCAUCAUUCAACAGAUUUUCAGGGUCGUCAAUGACGCGCACAGUCCUGCUACUAAGAAGAACAAGGAAUGGCAAGAGAAGCUUCCUUUUGUUGUUCUCAAAGCUGAAGAAAUCAUGUACUCCAAGGCAAAUUCUGAGGCAGAGUACUUGAAUCCUGAUACGCUCUGGGACCGCCUUAAUGAUGCUGUUAACACAAUCAUUCGGAGAGAUGAGGCUACUGAGACAGGAGACCUCUUGCCCCCAUGUGUUGAAGCUGCACUCAACCUGGGAUGCAAACCAGUGAGAACUUCGAGAAGUGAUCGGCACAAUAACCCCAGAACAUACCUUUCUCCAAGUACUCAACAACCUCCUCCUGGGUCUCCUAGACCUGCUGGGGGGAAUCCCUUAAACUAUGCAAGAGUGACAACUUCUGCACUUGCAUCUGUUCCUGUGUCAAAUUCUACCCACCAAAGUAGUAAGGUGAUGGGUAACCGUAGCUAUCCCUUUUCAGACAAUUUCCCUUCUGGUCAUCACCAGCCAUUGGCAAUGGAAGCUAAACCCUCAUUGAACUUGGGUUCAGUUUAUCCCUUGUACUAUGUUUAUGAUGCCAGAGAGCCUCAACCAAGGUCGACCGCCCUAGAUAACCCUUGUUCUGACACCAUCUUUGUUGGCAGACCAGUCAUUACUCCAGCCCCAGAGACAUCUGGAAUUGGUCUUUUGGAACACACAUCCUAUGGUAGGUUUCAUCAUGCUCCAAACAGAAUUGCUAAGGAAACUGCUGUAGGCACUACUCAGGAGGAGUCACAAGAUGGGGAAUGUGAUUUAUCUUUGAGGUUGGGUCAGUGUUUGCAUCCUUGUUCCAGCAGCAAAAGUGGUUCAGCAUAUGGAAUUGAUGAUGUUAGUUUAGGACUUUCUCAGGAGGGCAGCAAGUUCAGUCAUCUAUCUUUGCAGAAAAAUCAGGAGUUUUGUUUUCACCCUAGAGAAGCAGGUUAUGGGACCAUUGACCCCAAUUCCAGAUAUAAUGUAGAGGGUGGAGAUCAGAACUUGGAGGCAACUUUCCGGAAGCGCAAAGCACCUUUAGGUAACAAUGAGGAGGAUGGGCAAUUUUGCCGGCAUCUAGGAGUCCCAUCCAAUCGUUUUAUUGGUAGGCCAGGUUUGUAGACAGACUUUUGUUAGAUCAUAUAUGCAUUUGCAAUGCAAGAUGAUCCAAACAUUGUUGAAUCCUAGUGUGUAGAGACUUUUUGUGCAUGUGUAGCUCUGCUUGUGAAAAAAUCUUAGAAGUUGGGGUUGAGUUGCUAAUAGCACUGCUGCAAAUGUGAACUGUAUAUAAAAUCUUUACUUGCUUUGUUUAAUUUGUGCCUAGCUCUGAAAAUAUCAAGAGAGAAAAAGUAUCAAAUGUGAACUUUUGAAA